AUGUCACAGCCACCCAUCCCCGCAACAAUGAAAGCCUGGCUCUACACCAGCACACACCCAAGCGUUAUUGCCAACCUCACCCUGCACACCUCAACCCGCUCCCCGCCACCCCCCAGCUACGCAAACCACCUCCUCAUCAAAGUCCACAGCACAUCCCUCAACCCCGCCGACCACAAGGUCCCCCAGCAACUAGGCAUCCCCUUCAGCGGCGGCAGAACACUAGUCUGCUCGCUGCCCGCCUCGCCGGGCCUCGAUUUCGCCGGCGAAAUUGUCUCAGUGCAUCCCAAGCACAAGGGGGAAUUUAAACCCGGCGAUAAAGUCUACGGGUGUCUAGCGCGCCCCCGCACUUUCGGCACAGCGGGCGAGUAUAUCCUCGCGGACGCGAAUGAUGUCGCAAUCUUACCGGAGGGCGUUAGUCCCGAGGACGCAGCGUGUCUGGGUGUUUCUGUGCGGACGGCGUACCAGAGUCUGAAGAAUUAUCUUGACCUAUCCAAACCCGAGUUCGAGAACGAGAGCCCGAAAGUCUUCAUCAACGGCGGCAGCGGCGGAUGCGGGGUGUUCGCGAUCCAGAUUGCGAAGAUGCUGGGGUGCCAUGUUACGACGACGUGCUCGAGCCGGAAUGUCGAGCUCCUUACUAGCCUUGGCGCGGACGAGGUUCUCGAUUAUACGAAGACGAAUGUAACCGAGACGCUGAAAGGCAAGGGGUUGAUCUUCGACCUUGUCAUCGAUCACAUCGGCCUCCCUGCGAACCUCUACGCUGAGUCGCACCAUUUCCUCAAACCGGCUGGGGCGUGGGUGCAGGUUGGGGCGGCGAGUAUCAUGACUGCAUUCUGGCGGGCGAUUACGCCGCGGUGUUUGGGUGGUGGGAGGCGGCGGCUUGUGCCGCUUAUGUUGGCGAAUAGUAAGGAGGAUCUUGUUGCUGUUGGGGAGUUAGUGAGGGAUAAGAAGAUACGGAUUAUCAAGGAAGGGGAUAAGGCUUGGGACUUUGAGAGGCUGAAGGAGGCGUAUGAGCUGCUUGCUAGUGGGAGGGCGAGGGGGAAGAUUGUUGUGAGGGUUGCGGAGUAG